AUGAGGGAUAAAUUUAGGUACGAGCCGUCUUAUAAAAAAACAUAUAAAGCAAAGCAGAAGGCAAUUGCAAGGCUUUAUGGGGGUUGGGAUGAAUCAUAUAGUUUUUUGCGUAGAUUCAUGACUGCUCUUCAUCAUUUUAACCUAGAAACAGUAUACAUGAUUGAAGAUAAUCCACAUUGGAUAAAUAAGCGAUUAAAUCCGAUGUGUCGUGUAUUUGACCGUAUGUUUUGGGCUUUUAAGCAAUCGAUUGAGGGAUUUAAACAUUGUCGACCUGUAAUCUCAAUCGAUAGGACAUUUCUAUAUGGAAAAUACACCGGGUGUAUACUGUGUGCAACCGCACUCGAUGGAAAUAAUCAACUCUUUCCAUUAGCUUUUGCCAUUGUUGUAAGGAGGACAGUGACAAUUGGUCGCGAUAUAGAAAGAUUGGUGGCAACCUCCAGCUGUCAUCAUCGUUACUGCAUCAGACAUGUUUUGAGUAAUUACAACAAGUCAUUAAAAAAUGCAGCAAUAAAGGAAGUGUUGCGCAAGGCAGCAAAUGAAAACCAAAAGAGAAAGUUUUACAAGACAAUGAACAAUAUUCGGGAGGUGCACCCUGAAUCAUAUGAUUGGGCAGUGAAGAUAAAUUUAGAGAAAUGGACGAGAUCACACGAUGGUGGACAAAGGUAUAGCGUGAUGACAACAAACAUGGUUGAAUCCCUAAAUGGCAUGAUGAAAGGAUUUCGGACGUUGCCUAUAACGACAAUGGUAGAAAAAAUAUUUUUCCAGUAUGUCCAUUAUUUUGAUACGCGGAGGACAACAUUUUUGGAUCAACAAAGCAAGGGCUAUAUUUUCAGUCAGUCUCGCAGUGAAACACUACGUGCUAAUGCAAUUAAAGCGAAUGGACAUAGAGUUAGACAGUUCAACAGUCAGAAAAUGGUUUGCGAAAUAAUUACUACAAAUGGUAGACAAAAGCAAGUGGUGAAACUCAUGGAUCAAACAUGUACAUGUGGCAAAUUUUAG